GGAGAGCAGGGCAGGGCCGCGCCCGAUGCGUUGCGAGAAACAUAAUGUCCCAGCAAACACACCCAGCCAGGAUUCAGGUAUCCACCAAUAAGAAGCCACUCUUCUUCUACGUCAACUUGGCAAAGCGAUUCCUCCAGGAGCAUGGAGAAGUGCAACUCUCUGCGCUUGGACUUGCCAUCUCCUCCAUGGUGACAGUGGCUGAGAUCCUGAAGAGCGGGCAGUGGGCGGUCGAGAAAAAGAUCACCACGGGGCUGGACACGACAGAGGAAGAGGGGCGUGAUCGGCCGAUGCAGAAGGCAAAGAUGGAAAUCAUCCUGACCAAGUCGCCGCACUUUGACGAGCUGAUGGCGGCCUCAGCAUCACAGCAGCACAGCGGCAGCAGCGGUCCACAGGCGCCUGGUGGGCACCCACCAGGCAUGGGGCCUUCCAGCCAACCACAGGGCGGGGAGCCAUCCGAGGUCCAGGGCAUGCAAAACCUGUUGCUACAGUAGCCCUACGGGCGCUGUACCUAGCUGCCGGCCUUAACGCGAUGGAUAGCACCGGGCCGCUGGGCGAAGUUGUAGAUCGUCAAGCAGCCAAGCUGCAGCGCCUCCCGGACGCCCACUGUACCAAAUUCUUCUAGGGGAGCGCGCUGCAACCCGCGCCGCUGCUGCGAGUGGCUGGGGCCAUUUCUGUUCACUGUGCGGUUUGUGUUAUGUUGACGGGCGGCCCUGCAGCGGAG